ACGUGUAGACAGUCCUUUUGUCCAACAAUCCUCCAGGACCAUCUGGGCCUGGUCCAAUGAUGAGACCUCCCUUUGGGAUGCCUCCGGCCGGCCCACCACACUCCAGGUUUAUUCCUCCACCAAUGGGACCAGGUGACAUGAACCCACCACUAGUACCUCCCAACAUACCAGGUUUCAAUCCAGGAGCAGCUAUGCCUCCUCCCAGUUAUCCCCCACCCAUGGGCAUUCCACCCAUGUUUCCCACAAUUCCAGGUAGCACAAAUGGAAUUGAUGCAAAGAAGAGUGUUUGGACGGAACACAGUGCUCCGGAUGGUCGGACGUACUACUACAACAACAUAACUAAACAGUCGAGCUGGGAGAAACCCGAUGACCUCAAAACACAGACAGAGAUCUUGCUGUCCCAAUGUCCAUGGAAAGAAUACAAAUCUGACUCUGGUAAAAUAUACUACCACAACUCACAAACCAAGGAGAGUAGGUGGACUAAACCCAAGGAGCUUGAAGAACUAGAUACCGCUAUAGCAGCACAGAAGGAGAAUGCAGGAGCCCAGGGUGACUCUGUUGCUGUACAGCCCGGAGGAUCUGUGGUACCACAACCAAAGAAGCCGAAAUCGAGUGCACCAUCAUCUGCCAUUGAGCAGGCCAUGCAGGCCACCCUGGCGUCUAUUGAGUUACCUCCCCCUACUCCGUAUGCUGCAAAAGUGGAAAGCAAAUUGGAAGCUGAUGCCAGCAUGGAGAAGGAAGAAGAAAAAGAACCAGUGAAAGAAGUCCCCCUAGUUUUUAAAAAUAAAAAAGAAGCCAUCGAAGCCUUUAAAGCACUUCUUAAAGAGAAGGAGGUCCCGUCCACGUGUUCGUGGGAACAGGCGAUGAAGCUGAUCAUAAACGAUCAGAGAUACGGAGCUCUGAGACACCUCAAUGAGAAGAAACAAGCAUUCAACGAGUACAAGACACAGCGGGCCAAAGAGGAGAAGGAAGAGCAGCGUCUCCGUGCUAAGCAAGCCAAGGAAGACUUGGAGCACUUCCUGCUCAGCUCCGACAAGAUGAACUCAACCAUCAAAUACUGGAAAGCUGAUAAUAUCUUUGGCGAUGAAGAUAUCUGGAGAAACGUCAGCGAGCGAGAUAGACGGGAUUUGUUUGACGAUGUUAUUCACCUGCUAGCCAAACGAGAAAAGGAGGACGCUAAAACCCUGCGUAAGCGGAACAUCAAGCUGUUCACGGAGAUUCUCGACAACAUGCCGAACCUGACGUACUGCACCACGUGGUCUGAAGCUCAGGCCAUGCUGCUGGAUGACUCACGAUUCGCCAAGGAUGAAGACCUACAAAAUAUGGACAAGGAGGAUGCUCUGAUAUGUUUUGAAGAACACAUUCGUAUGUUGGAGUCGGAGUACGAUGAUGAAAAGGAGCGAGAGAGAAGACGCAUGAAGAGACAGCAGAGAAAAAACAGAGAAGCAUUCGUGAUUCUGCUGGACGAGCUACACGAGCACGGCAAGCUCAACUCUAUGGCUCUGUGGAUGGACCUGUACCCCGUGAUCAGUUCCGACAUCCGCUUCACGCACAUGCUCGGACAGCCUGGGUCCACACCGCUCGACCUCUUCAAGUUCUACGUCGAGGACCUCAAGGCCAGGUUCCACGACGAGAAGAAGAUUGUCAAGGAAAUAUUAAGGGAAAGGGGCUACAUGGUGGAAGUGACGACAACGUACGAUGACUUCGCCAGCGUCAUCAGCAGUGACAAACGGGCUCUAAACCUGGACACGGGAAACAUCAAACUCACGUACAACAGUUUGAUAGAAAAAGCUGAAGCGAGGGAAAAGGAAAGACUAAAAGAUGAAGCCAGGAAGUUGAAAAAGCUGGAGAGUUCCUUUAAGAGUUUGUUGAAAGUGGCCAACCCACCUGUGGAGAUAGACAGCAAGUGGGAAGAUGUGAGGCCAAGGAUCGAGAAGGACCCUGUGUUUGAUCAGAUAACCCUGGAGUCCGAGAGGAUGAGGCUGUUCAAGGAAUACCUGUUGGCUGUCGAGGAGACCUGUCAGCACCGACACCUCAAGAAGAAGAAAUCGAAGAAACAUCGCUCAAAGAGGUCGCGGUCCAGAUCAGCUUCGAGUCUAUCUGAGACGGAAUCUGUAAAACACAAAUCCAAGAAGAAGAAGAAAUCGAGAUCGGAGUCGAGAUCACCGAGCCCAGGUUCAGCAUCAGACAGAGAAGAUCGCGAGUCGGUGAGAUCUUCAUCAAGAAGACACAAGAAGAAAUCAAAGAAAAAGAAAUACAUGUCACGAUCGCCGUCAAGAAGUGCAUCUGAAGAUGAUCGUGAACGUGAAAGAGACAACAGAGACCGAGAUAGAGACCGAGAUAGAGACCGAGAGAGAGACAGAGACCGAGACCGAGACCGAGACCGAGACCGAGAGAGAGGAUCCCGAAGAAAGAGGAUGGAAAGUCCGCCCACCAGAAGAGAAAAGAAUGCUAGUUCGGGAAGUGAACUCAGUGAGGGAGAGCUGGAAAAACGGAGACGCCAUCUUUUACAACAGUUAGAAAGUGACCUGUGAAACUCCCCACAUGUCCCUGACUUGUGUUGAGCCAUGUGGAUUCACUCAUAGUAACAUGGCUGGUGAAAACUCGUGUAAAUCACUGACUCAUGUUCUGUUCUACUGCAGCAGGAUUUCUGCCAGAUGAAAAUUUGUGGUGGGGGGGGGGGGGGGGGGGGGAGUGUGUUGGAAGAGGGUGGACACAGGACACAAUGUUUGUUUUUUUAAAUCAUUAUGGCCAAUACUGAAUUUAUUAUGGUCAAUAUUGAAACUGAAUUAAGGAAAAAAUACUAUUCAAAAUGCUUUGUGUUGUUUUUUGGUAUUACCGGUUUUAAAACACAACGCAGCCAGAUCUGUUGCAGAAGUAUUAAGUUAAAUUGUGACAGAUGACGUAGGGAAGUUCCAAAAUUCUCGGCAUGAGGGUGAGAGACCAUUGAUUUGAUGAGCACCGAUUGUAAGAUAAAGGUUUUUUUAAUAUCAAUGUUUUUCAUUAUGGCAUACAUGACUACCUUCGUAUUUGUGAUUAGCGAAGUGAGAAGAUGGAUGUACACAUAUGGGUUUUUUUCAGACAUUUGUUUCACGGUGUAAUAUGGAGUGUGAAAUUCAUUUCAUUAAAUCAUUUGAAAUUGGAA